UCCUUUCACCACCAGCCAAAUGUCGUCCUUACCAAUCAAACCCUCUAUCCCCGAGCAACCGGUGACCGUUGAGCGCCAGCCCUUCCUGCAGCAUCAAAGCGCCAUCAACCACUUCCCAGACCCAGGCACUGCAAGGGCCAACGUCGCUGCCACCCCCAGCCAUCCAGCCGGAACGACCAAGGACAACUGGGCUGCGCGACACUCGCGCCAGACGGUCCUUCAGCAGCACUGCGAGUUUUUCGAUCGCGACCACGAUGGAGUCAUCUGGCCCCACGACACCUUCUUGGGCUUCUAUGCCAUCGGCUUUAACGUCGUCCUUAGCCUGAUCGCCGUCUUCAUCAUUCACUCCAACUUUUCCUAUCCGACCUCGGCUUCCUGGAUCCCCGAUCCAUUUUUCCGCAUCUGGCUCCAACGCAUCCACAAAGACAAACAUGGCAGCGAUUCCGGCACAUAUGAUACCGAGGGUCGAUUCGUGCCACAGCAUUUUGAAGAUAUCUUUGCCAAGUAUGCGCGCGAUGGCAAGGAUGGACUGACUUUGACCGAUGUUUGGGGACUGCUGAAGGGACAGAGAGUCAUCAUGGAUCCAAUCGGUUCGUUUGGUGCUUUCUUUGAGUGGAUGUCGAUGUACUGGGUGCUCUGGCCAGAGGAUGGCGUUAUGCGAAAGGAAGAUAUCCGACGGAUCUACGACGGAAGCCUCUUCUAUGACCUGGCUGAAAAGAAGGCCAAGAAGGCGAACGCCGCCAAGAAAGUGCAAUAAACAGCCAACAUAUGCCUCGUUUACUCUAUCCUGCGCUGCUGUAUAUAUAGCUGAUAUUUGCUACCGAUUUUUCUUUUGUUUUGCUUUUAUUGCUUUAACAUACGCGAUUGCCGUCGACUCUGCGCACGACACCAGCCAUCCUACUCUCUACUCUCUGAAGACACACUUUAUCGAGUUUUGCAAUAAAUGACAUGCCUAUUUCAU